AUGUUUGUACCGCCCAUGUUGAUUAUGUUAAAAGUUCUGGAUAUACUUGUGCUUUUUGUGAAAUUCUUUCACCUGGUCGUCAUGCUAGUCAUUUUGGUGUUUGUAGAAGAAUUCAAUGUUUUGUGGGUUUUGAUGUUCAGUUCACCAAAAUCAGGCUCUGGAUCAGGUUUAAAGAGUGAUUUUUUCUGGGCAUCAGGUAAUGCAAAUCCAUGUCCAUCCGGAUGGUCAGUGGAAUACCCAGUUAGAACUGCAUCAAUUAAAAAUAAUCAAUUAACUUGGUACUGGUGUGCAGAUAUAUUGGAUGUUGGUGGCUUGAUGAGCAAUAUACAUUUCUCAUCAGUGCUAAAUUGUGGUGGUUAUCAAGCCUAUAUUAUUGGUACAAUCACCUUCUCAACAACCAAUAGAUAUUUGGUUAAUUCAUUUUGUUCAAAUGAAGGUGAUAUGGUUGAAUCAAAUUCUAAACCAAUAACAUCUGAUUCUACUAAAUAUCUAUGUUCAAAAGGAAAAGGAACAAUCAAUCACAGAUGUUAG